AUGGUCUCCGACGAGGAGAAGCGCAGCAACCACAGCAGCAACAAGAACGGGCAACACGGCGUCCUCGGCGACCACGAGGUGCGCCUCUCCCGCGACGAGAUGGUCGACACCGCCCGCGGCGACACGGUCGUCAACCCCACCUUCAAAGAAGCAAUGUCCGUCGUCCUCUCCCCGCAGACCAUCUUCCACAUCGCCACCUACGGCUGCUCCUUCGGCGGCGAGCUGGCCGUCAACGCCGUUCUCUCCUCCUACUACCUCAAGAACUUCCCCGCGCUCGGCCAGACCGGCGCCAGCAACUGGGCCGCCAUGUUUGGCUUCCUCAACGUGAUCACCCGGCCGGCCGGCGGCGUCGUCUCGGACCUGCUCUACCGCUACGGCGGCCAGAACCUCUGGCUCAAGAAGGCGUGGAUCACGCUUUGCGGCGUGCUCACAGGCGCGCUGCUGCUGCUCAUCGGCAUGCUGAACCCGCACGACGAGGCGACCAUGUUCGGGCUCGUCUUCCUGAUGGCCGUCUUCCACGAGGCCGGCAACGGCGCCAACUUUGGCCUGAUCCCCCAUGUCCACGGCUACGCGAACGGCAUCGUGUCUGGUGUCACGGGCGCCGGCGGCAACCUUGGUGGCGUCAUCUUCGCCAUCAUCUUCCGCUUCAUGGACAACGGCACCAACUACGCAAAGGGGUUCUGGGUCAUUGGGUGCAUCCACGUCGGGGUCAACCUGUUGGUCUCGUGGAUCCACCCCCUGCCGAAGAGCCAGCGGCACUGA